AACCUAACCGUUCGCCGUUUGUCGUUUGUUGCCUGUGCGGUGCGGUAUCUACGGUGCCAGUGUUCCGGGGAGUUACGUGCCGUCUCUUGGACCGACGGAGUUUGGAGAAGUGCUGCGCAGUUGGUGGGCGACGCUGUCGGAGGCGCGCGAGGGGAUGUUCCGGGCGGGCAGGAAGCAGCUGGGCAAACGGCAAACGGCGAACGGUAACAUUAAUGGGGCUUCGAAGAAACUUCGAACCGAUCAGCGAGUACCAAACUUUGAGGAUACGGCAGCAGGAAAGGAAGCUGACCAGGGCGUACCGGAUCCGAAAGGGAUGCCGGACGACGGCACGGCCGGUGGUUAUUCAGUGCUAACACACGAACGCCGCGUCGUACGUGGCCAGACCGGGAAGAAGUUUCUUGAUUGUGAAAUUCCCCGCUUCGGAACGCUGGUCGAGCGUACACGCUGCCGAUCGGCGGGUGACUACAUUAUUGGCCACGAGCUCGGCACGAGUCCCGGCGUUCCGCAGGUCCAGUACCUGGCGCGAAAGGCAGGAACCGACGAGUACUAUCUGUUGAAGAUUCUUAGCUUCGAUCCGGGCUCGGAAGUGGUCCACAAGGAGGUGAUCCAGGCGAAGAUACUGCAUCACAACGAGUACACGCUCCUGUCGAUGUUGGCCGAUCUCGAUGGGGUCAUCAACGAGCGCGGUUUCUUCAGCGAUUACGCGUUCGAGGAGCGAGAACAGGAACAACCGGACGGUUCAUGGGUGACCAUUUACACGGGACGGGUCCGCCGUCGGCUCACGCUGGUCCUGGACUGUGUGCACGCGCACGAGUUUUGCGACCGUUCGGGCGACUUCGUUACGCUGCAGAACUACAUUCCGACCGUCCGGGGCCACGAGUUCGAAGGUCUGCAGAUCUUCUACGAAGUGGGUGUUCUGGUCAACCCGGAACUUAGUUUCCGCAGUUUGCCGUGA